AUGCCCGUGGCAGCCAGUGCUGAUGCACAUACCUCAACGGAGGCAGUAGCAGAGGCAAAAGAGGAAGCAAAGCCCCAGAGACACAAUGAAGAGGAGCAGCAGGGCUGCCCCGACGCAUACACGUGGCUCCUGCUGGUGCUGGCCUCAGCACUGCUGCCAGACAUUGGGGCAGUGACAGGGCCCAGCACCGUGCAGGGAUUCCUGAGGGAAACCCUGUCGGUCACCUGCACGUACCAGCCUAGCCAGGAGACGUUACCGAAAUUCUGUUGCAAACCGAGUACCUGUACUGGUAUUACCUGUGCCACUUACAUCGUCAGCACCUCGAAACUGCAGCCCGAGGUGCAGCAGGGCCGGUUCUCCAUUCUGAACAGCUGCGCGCUCCGGGCAUUCAGGGUGACUGUGGAGCGCCUGGUCAAGGAGGAUGCGGGCAUGCUCCGCUGUGGGAUGCAAAAAGGAUUUUCCCCUUUACAUGAGGGUGCUGAUGCAGAGGUCAUCAUAACCCCAGGUCGGUCCUUGCACGUUUUGCCCAUAGCAACAGUGACCCCCACGUUGGGGGGCCGGGGCCAGACUGCGGAAGGAGGUUUCACCCCGAGCGUGACAGGAACACAGGGCCCGUCUGGAACUCGCUGCAUCCAUCCUUCCUCCGCACCUGCAACCCCGACGCUCUCGCCGGACACUCCUCAGGAGACCGGCAGCACUUUCCGCUACUUCCCAGUGCUGGCCGGGCUGCAGCUGCUGGCGCUGCUGGCCAUGAGCGCGCCCGUGCUCUGGGUCAGCCUGUGGGGACGCUAAG